UACACGUCUACUGAUGCUGGGUCGGAGCGAUCUUUGAAAAAAUGGCGGCCAACUUGUUUUUGUAUUGGGGGUCUGGGAGCAUUCCUUGCUGGAAACCAAUGAUCGUACUAGCAGAAAAAGGCAUUAGUGAAUAUGGCAACAAACUAAUAUCCUUCAGCAAGAAUGAGCAAAAGUCGGAUGAAAUUUUAAAGCUGAAUCCCCGUGGACAGGUUCCAACAUUUAGAGACGGAGACGUAGUUGUGAAUGAAUCAACAGCCAUCUGUGAAUAUCUUGAGUUCAAGUUUGCAGAACAAGGUGCCACUCUGCUACCUUCAGAUGCUGCCACACGUGGCAGAGUUCUUCAGCGUAUGUUUGAGACUCAGAACCUAAUGAAGACGCUGAUUGAAGGUGUUGCCUAUUUAUUUUUCCACAACAAGCCUGAAGAAAUUAACCAGGAUGAACUGAAUGCUAAAAAGAAGGCAGCACGCACAGAGCUCGAGCGCUGGGAGGAAUACUUAAAAGCCGAGGGAACAGACAGCUACAUUGUUGGCAGUCAGUUCACAAUGGCAGACGUGUUUCUUUUCCCAUUGCUGGCUUUUGGUGUGCGUGGCAACCUCAAUCUGAGCAGUUUUCCUGCAAUCAAUGCUUAUUACCAGCGCCUGGAGCAACGUCCUUCCAUCCAGGAAACAUGGCCACCACAUUGGAAAGAGGGACCUGGCACAGAUUUUUGCAGUGGCAUUUAAACAGUUUUAACUUUCCUAAGGGUUAACAGUGAAAAGUUUAUUCUUGACCAGUUCUUGUUUUCGUUUGAUUUCAACUUUAAGAAAGUUAUCCUCUUCUUGGAUUUUUGAUAUUUGCUUGACGUGAAUGUUUAUAAUACUAUAGUCAGAACUAUGCUGUGUUCUUUGGGCUUGUCAUAACAUGAUGCGUUUUUUGUUUUCUAUACUUUUUUGAAAUUCUACCUUCGUACCUUAGAACUUGACCACAAUCUGUUCUGGAAGGCUGUCAAAUGCCAUACAGUAUAAGUGCCAAACACUUUUCUGUAUUACGUGCACUACUCUGCUACUUCUCUUCAAUGCCUACGUAGCAAAAUGAAUGUUACCUGUACCUGUGAUAAUUUUUUUUUAUCCAAGGCAUGACUGAAGCACUAAAAGGAGAAACUAGAAAAUAUUUGUAUGGCUGCAUUUAACAAGUAUUAGACAUGAGUUCCACAGUAAAGGUUUGACCAAUUAGUAUUUCCAUUGACUGCCACAGCAAGAAAGUUAUUUUUGGUGACCUUUGCUUGCUGUUGGUACUUGCAAUAAUCAAAAUUGUGAAAUUGUGUUGGGCUUGAUGUGAAAUGCAGUUUCCUGUGACUUUGUGGUAAGCUGCAUUGAUUUUAGGGCAGUUUCAAAUGGUAUGUACCCUUUAAGAUUUACAAUAUAUAGCUAUGAGUUUUUUGUCUUGUUCACACAUCUGCAAUGGCCACAACCACAUAUAGCUUUGAGCUUUGUGUCUUGUUCACACAUCUGCAAUGUUCACAACCACAUAUAGCUUUGAGCUUGGUGUCUUGUUCACACAUCUGCAAUGGCCACAAGCAUAUAUAUUUUUGAACUUUGUCUUGUUCACACAUCUGCAAUGGCCACAAUAAUAUUUACCAUUCCAAGCCUUGAGUAAGUUUUUAAUGAAACAGAUGUCAAAGGAACUAUUCAUAUAUUUUGGUUCUGAUGGUUUAGAAAUUCACAUUUUUGUUUUGCAAUAACUGGUUGUUUGAACCAAAAUAAAAUGCUGCUUUGUGAAAGCACUCAAAGAGUA